AUGCAGUUUGAGUCUCCGCGGCCGCCUCGCUUCAGGGACAAAACCGCGGCCCAGCUGGGGCUCGCGAAGGCCAGCUGCCGAGACAAGAAGGGGCGUCCGGGGAGAAACUGCCACACCUACAGCAAAGGGGCAGGGUUUUCCCUGGCCAACGAUGGCGACUAUUCACGGUUGCCAACGGAGAAAUCAGGGCGGCGGUUGCCAGCCUUUUGGGACGAGUUCGUCGUACCCCUGGUGAAGGUCGUGGAGAAGUCAGAUUUAGUCAACAGCAGUCUUCAGGACACGCAACCAAUCGACGGGAACGUUGUGGAAGCAGUUGAAAGCAUUGGCACACUCUUGGCCGAGGCAAACAAGCUUGACUUUCGACAAGUCGCCGGGAGGACUCAUUACGCCUCGUUUCCAGGAGACGGAGACGCCGGAGAGAAGUCGUCAGUGCUGCCAGAGGAAUUCCUUCAGUGGGCGCAACUUGGCGAAACAGAAGUCGGUUCAGUUCGUCCAGCUACGACGACUGAAUACUUAAGGGAUCAGUACAGUCGUCUCAGGCAACUGUUUCUCCAGCCGCUGGGAAAGGUAUUGAGCACGUUGCAGUCGUUCCCGGUAUCGGCUGAACACAUCAACAUUGUCAUAUACACAGAAGUCAAGAUUGGUGCUCCUGUAUGUACGAUCAACGGCGUCGGCCACAAGGUAAGCUUCAGCGUCGUAGACGGCAGAAAUUGUGAGUCCAGACUGCUGCCUGGAUGCAUGGUUUGCCUAAGCAACGACGGAUUUCAGACAGUCGUUCACGGCAAAGUACUGCGGCGAAGUUUCAAAGACAGAGAACAGGGACAUAUGAUUGUAUCCUUUACCGAUGCUAGGAGGUUUGAGGCUGCAGCGUCUGUACAAGGCUUUGUCAUGGUGGAGUGCCCGGAGCUUUAUGAAGAGUAUAUCUCAGUCUUUGACGUGAUGAAACAGUUUGAAGCAACACAGCUGCAGCUGCCUUUCAAAAAGUACAUUGUUGAUGGACGCAGCGAUCCCGCUGUGCCUGGUUACAUGAACAACAACACCGUCUUUGACAUGAAAGCGCUGUUCAAGAAGAGUCUGUUUAUACGUCCACACAAUGACCGAGAUUGGCCGAGUAGUGGAGAGACUGAACUGGAUCGGUACCAGUACGAUGCCAUACAGACGGCAGUUUCGAGAGAUGUCACACUCGUGGAAGGGAUUCCUGGAACGGGCAAAACCUUCAUGGUGACCCGGCUUGUGUCAGUCAUGUUGGACAACAUAAACGUCUCCCAUGGAGGUCCCAUCAUGAUCGUAUCAAAGGACAAAGAAAGCAUUUGCUCGAUUAUGGCACAAUUUGAAGAAGUUCUGGACGACGUUGAAAUCGUGAGUGCGGACAGCGAUAUUUUUCAAAUGAAAAAGAGAGUGCUGACUGCCGGACACAAUCCGGAGGUAGUCGAACCUUCACAUUUGCGCUUACUAAGGCGACAUGUUGAUGAGAUAGAACAACUUAAAUCCCGAACUAGGAACGUGCAAGAUCAUCUAAGACGUAUUCCGUCUAGGCUCCUGGGAGAGAGCGAACUGAAAUCUGUGAUGAAUGACAAGCAUUACAGGAGCUUGUUUUUCACGAUGGUGACUGGCGCAGAAGACAAGCUGAGAGACUGGCUGCUUGCUGACAAUGAGGAUGUUGUAGCGAGGUUUUCCUCGGGAAACCACAGUUUUCUCUCUGAAGAUGAAGUGUGUUACAUUAGUGACGUGUGGGAGCUUGACAUGGAGAGCAGGUACCGGCUGUAUGGUUACUGGAGGAACAGUUAUUGCGAGAGAAAAUCACGCGAAUGGUUUGACCUCGUGGAAAGGUUCAAGACGCUGCUCUUGCUGAAGAAAGAGGUGGAAGAAAAAUUGCAGCUCGAUGCUCUUCGCGGAAAGAAGAUUCUAGGAGCAACUCUCUCUUCCCUACCAAAGAUAUGGACGAUGCUCAGAGACAUUAAGCCACAGAUUAUUAUCGUGCUAGAAUCACGCUCAAUUCCAGAGCCCUUCAUGCUCCCCGUGAUAACACUCAACCCUCAUCACAUUGUUCUCAUCAGUGACACGCGAAACAUUUUCGACUACCGGGAGAGAUGGAGACCGCCUAUGGCUCGUUGUUCGAGCGUCUUGUUGAACAAGGGGUCACCUGCUGUCAGCUUUUGA